AUGGUCGGGAAACCAGCAAGUUGCUGUCGCAUGGAAGGACUGAGGAACAGACACAGACUGAAGUCUUCUGAAGUCUUCAGCCAGGCUAUUCCUACUGCUACCUUCAAGGGUAAUCUGCGGAGUUUGUUCAAAGAACGGGCGUCGGAUACGGAUUUAAAGUCUUGGUUACGGUUCCGUCCUCGUAAAAUGGAAAAGGGAGAUUCUCGGGACUGCAGUUCACCUGCAAAGAAAUGUCUCUAUUGUGAUGCCGCUGCUGAGAAACUGUGCUUGGACUGCGAGGUAUUUCUCUGUGAAGAACAUUCGCAGGUUCAUAAUCCACCAAGACAACAUAUCUUGUCUGAACUGACCAGUCCCCUGGGGAGCAGAAAGUGCCCCGUCCACAAGGAGAUCUUCAGAUAUCAGUGCGUGGUGGAUAAGGUCUAUGUUUGUGCAUCCUGUGGUCUUCAAGGAAACCACAAAGGACACCAACUGGAGCCACUAAGUGACAUCUCCAGAGUUCUAGCACUAUCACUCGGAGAUGUUGUGCAUGAGCUGACCGACAAGAUAGAGGAGAACGACAUCCUCAUGGAAGAAGUGGUAGCAAACAAAGACGACGUCCUUACAAAGGCCGCUAAUUUGGAAGAACGAGUGACUACACUGUUUAGGAACAUCAGGAGAGAGCUGGAAGAUAAGGAGCAGAGAAUUCUAUGGGGGGUCAAAAAAAAAGUGGAACACGUAAGUCACCAAGUCUCCACAUCAAACUCACGGAGUGAAUCGACGACAGUAAAGUUUCACCGACAAGCGGAUGAGAUUGAACGCUUAUGCCUCAGCACCGACCCGAUCACCAUUUUAGAAAAAGGUCCUGCUUUGAAGAACAAGGCUCGGGCAUUAAUAAGGGAAACUCAACCCAUCCCAGCUGUCCCAACGCUGGAUGAGAUACUGGUAUCGGUGAGUUUGCAGACAGCAUUACUCGAGCUGGUAAAAAACAUUCCAAAUAUGCAAAAGAGUCAAGGAUUUCCAGUGCAAAAUAUGUCUCACUUCUUGCUUCAUCGAAGUAAUAACCGAGAUGAUGAUGAUGUCCAACUUUCCUCCUUAUUGGAUGAGACUUUAAAUCUAGAGGCAUCGGGAAGCAAUCAUUUACGGCAAACGUUUAGUUCCACACCCUUCUCCCCAGGACAGCAUUACUGGGAAAUGAAUACCAGUAAGUUACCGAGAUGGUACGCCGGGGUCUCGUACUCAAGAAGCGACGAGUGCACGUUAGGAGGUGACUGUAGAUCCUGGUGCCUACGUUUCUCUAAAAUAGGUAAAUACGCGUUUGCUCACAACGGUUACGAGAAGUUGGUGAGGGCAGAUUCUCCUGUGGAGACUCUGGGGAUAUUCCUGCACAGCGAUGCGGGGAUCCUGUCCUUUUUUCAGGUGGCUGAUGAGAUCAAACACCUGCACACCGUGAACGCCACCUUCACCGAGCCGCUGUGCUCAGCCUUUUGCGUAGACAACAUGGGCUGGAUCAGAAUGUAAUGUUAUCUGCCCAUCAUGAC